AUGGAGGUGGGAGCUGUGGACAAGGAAUGGUGCUUUUGUUCGCCUUUGUCUCUGUGCUCUCUGAGGCUGACAGCCUGGUCUCUCACAGGGACCUUCGUCUCGGCCUUCACUGUGCUGUGUGGGGCUCGCACGGACCUUCCUGACAGGCACGUGUGCUGUGUCUUCUGGCUGAACAUCGCUGCAGCCCUCAUCCAGAUCCUCACGGCCAUCGUCAUGGUGGGCUGGAUCAUGAGCAUCUUCUGGGGCAUGGACAUGGUCAUCCUUGCCAUUUCCCAAGGGUACAAGGAGCAGGGCAUCCCACAGCAACUGUGAGCCCAUGGGACCUGCCGGGGAAGCCCAGAGCAGCCCCGUGAAGGCUUUGCCAGGCAGCUCUGGGCCCAAGGACCUUUACAUGCUCUCUUCUGCUAUUUCCUGGAUUUGGGGUGGAAGGGGAUUAUAUUUAAAAAUACAUUAUUUAUUUUGAAAUCACAUCUGCUUUGCCUAGCAGACUGAGGGGCUGCCGGCUUUCCCUCCUGCUCUGGAAAGCAGUGUAGGCACCCAGUGUCAGGGAGCCAGGGGGAGACGGGAGUGUUGGCAUAGAGACAGGCUGGGGUACUAUGUGGGCUCAUCUUUCCUGGCAAAGCUCACUGACCACUGCAAGGCACCCAGAACUACUGGGCAGGGCCUCUAUAGGCCACGUGAGGGUGACAGAGCACUUCCUCAGUCCCCAGCCUGGCUUCAAAGCCCUGUUAUCCCUAGAGUUUACUCUGCGGUCUUCCAGGGCAGUGCAGGGUGGGAGUGAGGGUGGCCAGAUGCCUGCCCAUUGAGGAGAGGGCCUCGUGCUCAGCUGGCCCAGGGUGAGCCUGGCUGUGGCAGCUGGAUAGGUCUUGACUGUGUUUCUCUGGGCAGCGACUCCACCCCUUGGGCAGAACAGCCAGAACUGCCAGCUGUUCAGGUGUAGACUGAGGUGUGAGUGGGCACAGUGGGCAACCUUCUUCAGAGGGCUCAGUGUGCCUUCUGGUACUUAUGCCUUUUUCUGAAAUCCUUGGAGCCACAUGAGUCUCUGAAUGCAGAACUUUCAGAUCUGAGAAAGAUGACACGGUCCAUUUCCCACACGUUUCCUGACAGCCUCCUAGCAGUCUGGGCCACCCUGCAUGCUGGCAAGCAUGUGAACACUCCUGCCGGGAAACAUGUGAAGAGUCCAGUCCACUGGGAUCAAUGAGAACUGUAAAUAACCUCAUUUGUUCAGGUCCGAUCUCUCCACUAAAUAAGUCAUGGGAAGAGUGGCCAUUGGAUGGCUUCUGUGGCUCCAGAACUGCAAUCUGAAAAUCCUACCUCCAAAUGGGAUCAUUGGAGGGGAGAUUGCUGGUGCUGUAUGGGGUCCUCCAGGUGCCAGGGACGACCAGGCCCUUUUAGAGGUCCUCUGAAAGCAGUUGUUGCAAAGUUAGGUCCCCGGCAGAGGUAGAAGCCAACAGAAGGUGUACCCGUUACUGUGGUCAGACACCGAUCUGCAGGGACGAGAAGGGGGAUCCCCAGUUACAGUGACCAGAUGAAUGUCCACGACUCCUUCUCGUCACUCUUCUCAUGAAGAAGGCGCUGACCGUCGGGCGUGACCCUCCACAGGGGCACCUCUUGUCUGUCAAGCCUCAGCCAGCAGAGGGAUCUGGCUGUCUUCUCCGUGGCUAGACGGGGGAAAGUGAGAAGCACCUCCCUUGGGGGUCCAGCCGACCUGCCCUGCACUGGGCAUGACAAUCACGGUCCUGCCAGGGAAUGCAAACUGGACAGAUUCCUGGCCUCUGGAGAAUCCCUUCCAGCCUCUGGCUCACUCUAGCCCUGACUGGGGCAAGCUGCUUGCCCCCCCCAUACCCCUUGAUACGCUCCCACCCCCCAGCCCGAGUUUUCUGACCCUCUGGUCUUCCUUGUUGGUCCUCCCUUCUUCGCAGCCUGGGUGGGCUGUACAUUCUGACCCUGAUCAGUGUCACAACCUCUCCCUGCCCCCUUCUUCAUGACCCCCACCCGGCCAGGCUUCAGGACGCUCAGUGUCUCGAGGCCUGAGCUCAGAUUUGGCUCCACCCUGAGAACCUGAGCCUUUGGCCGUGUACACAUCUUUGGCAGGCAAGGCUGCUCUCAAGGAAGCCAAGUCAGAGGGCGCAGCCACAGAGAAUCACAUGAACUGGCUCCAGCCGCCCCCUCUUCAGCCUCUGCCCACACCUGCCCCCCAACUCUGAAUGACAAGUCUCUGAAGGGGCUGCCCCCUCAGAGAGAGGCAGAUCUUAUUCUCCUGGCUGGGCUGGAGGUGGCUGCUGAGGGAGUAGAGAAGAGACAGCAAUGUAUGUCGCAUGUUUAGUGACACAAUCCAGACACGGGUGGGAUUUUCUGGAGUGGCAGGUGUCACCAUGUGUCCCCAUGUGGGAUGGCUUAAUACAGGGUGUGUGUGCUUAGGAGGCCGCCUCCCCACCACCACCAGAGGGCUGCACGCAAACUCAAGGGGGGGCCCUCUCCAGGGAGCCAGGAGGCCCCAUCCCGAGCCUGCUGUUGAGCCGUGGGUCUGGGAUGGUGGCUGUGGAUGUGGCCAGCUCAGAAUAUCAGCCCACUGAGAUGCACUGUAGUCUCUGCAUUGUCCUUGGUAGAAGGGGGCAACAACGGCCACCUGGACCAUCAGAAGGCCCAGUUCAUACGUGAAACAGCAUCCAACUGAAGAGCAGGCCAGCGGCAGGUGCUUGGCUGGCGUGCGGCCCUGGUGACAGAGGGGGGCCCUGCCUCUUUUGCUCAUGGCCAGCACAAGGUGACAGUGCAAGAAGGGGCAGGGCACCUUCCCCUCCCAGCCUCCCGUGGGUCGGUGUGUGGCAGGUUUGGCCUGGCUUUGGGAGCCACAGUGAGUGAGACACUUCUGGGCCUAACAGGGACACUGUGGCCAGAGUGGGACCUGACAUUAAGGCUGAAGCCCCUGGCAGCUGGGGUGUCCUGGAGGCUGUUGAGCACCUCAGGUUGGGAUGGCCGGGUGUAGGAGCAGCAGGGGCAGGUGGUACCCCUGGGCUUGCUGUGCUGCCUCAGCCUGACACACUGCUGGCCCUACCCUGGGUAAGCCCUGGUUGCACUCAAAAAGGGAAGGACUCCUAACCCAAAGAACAAGUCCCGCUUCCCCAGCUCAAGGGUUCCUGCCAUGCAGGCCACUGCCUGCGGGGCAUUCGGGCCUCCUCAAGCCCCUGCUGGCUCCUAGGCCAUCGCAGGCCCCACUGGCUCUCAUCGCUUUUUAUGUUAGUGCUAUUGGCCCAGAAAGCUGGGAAUGUUGGAUAAUGUGACGGAUAACGUGGGAGAUGCAGAUGUGAGUGUAAACUCUCCAGCUAGAGGUUGGAGGUGCAGUGUCUAGCACACUGUCUUCCCUUGCACAGGGCUGCCUCAUGCCUUGAAGGUCUGGAAACGUGCAGCCCAGGGCCUCUAACAUCCCAGUCUGCUCCUGAUGCUGUCCGAGGGUGGAAAAUCCAGUUUGCGUGUGUCCUGAGCCUGGUGCACGUCCUGAAGUCUUUGCAUUUGGAUUAGCAAUGGGACCUCAGUUCUCCAUCUCAUCUCCCUUUCUUGAUUUUCUUUUUUGUACCUGGGAUCGAACUCAGGUCCUUGAGCUUGUGAGGCAGGCGGCAGCACCACUGAGUUAAAUCCCCAGCUUUCCCUUCCUGGAUUUACCAAAAUGCCAACCACCCAGGCUAAUCUGGGCUCCCCAGUGACUGCCACAGUUGUACCUAAGUGGGCAGAGGUGCGCGUAUGUGCACACACACACACACAGCCCCCUGACUACUGAGCGAACGGGACAGCUCCACCUGGAGACUCGGCAUUGGACACUUCUCCCAGCAGCCCAUGCCUCCUCUUCAGGGGGGCCCUUUACUCCCCAGCCAGACACACACAUUUUCCUCCUCUCUGGGCCCCUGGCCAGUGGACCUCUUCCUCCUGGGAGCCCCGGGUUUGGUGCCCCCACCUCGCCCGUCCUGGUUAUCCUCAUUGCCCAGGUCCCUCCGUGUGGGCUUCUAUGGGAGGGGACGAAAUGGGCCUGCAGGGAGAUGAGGGGACAGCAUUCUUUUCCUGGUGUCCCCUGGGGGCUGCAACAAUCUUCUCUUCGGAGACCUCAUUCUGUCUGUGGGAGCUGCCCCUUGCCCCAGCAACAGAAGAGGAGAAGGGGUGACAGCACCUGUGGGAACCCAGGACUGGCCCUUUCCAUGAGUGAAGUCCCAUGGCACUGUGCAUGGCACCGUUUUAAAGAAUCUGCGUGAAAACAAGACAAUGGGCUCUUGUAUCUGCGGAUCCUCACGUGACCGUGUUGCACUGUGACCCGCAGUGACUGGUGCUGUGCUGGGUCUGUGGGGUCUCCUCUUUCUGCUUAGUUAGCUGCCGUCAGUCUCCAUCGUUCUUGGACAAUACUCACUGUGGCCUCCCGGGCUCUUCCUUCAACCCAGUUCCAUGCAGAGCCUCCGAGCUACUCCAGAGGGUCGUUCCAGGCCAUUCCAAAGACAAAUGUAUACUGCUGGAGACCUGAGGAAGCUUCCAGAUGUUCCAAACCUUGCUGCCAGGGCCUGGGCCUGCCACAGCACAGUGGGGCGGGCAUCCUCAGGCCUGGAUGAGCGGGACAUGGCUCAGGAGUCUCCACGUGCCCCAAGGACCCGAGCAGGCUUCCUGUUUCUCCAGCCUCCUGCCAGCUUCACAUUCCUUUACUCAAGCAGCAGCAUCACAUCUGUCAUGAGAAAGAAAACCCAUGUACAUAUCUCCAUGUAUAUAUUUAUAUAUACACACCCGUUCCCCUUAUAAACACAUAAAGCAUGCAUCUCUUUAACAUUCCAAGUCUGUGGGUUUUUUAUCUCUGGAAAUCUUUUCUUUCUUUCCCCGUUUUCUAUGUAAUAAACAUUCACGUGACCUUACUGGUGGUUUUGAGAUCCCUCCACCCUCUCGUUUUCACGGUCAGACAGACCUCUGACUGGAACAAAGCACCUCCCUCCCCAUCUGCAAUCUUUGCCCACUGUCCACUCUCUGGGCUGCCUCAUCCUCUCUCAGAUCCUUUCCAAAGUCUUCUUUUCCUAGAGGACAGUCACAGGUCACUCCUCGAUGGCCAUCUGAUCCCUUAAUGACCAUGACUGUGUACCUGUCAGGAUGGGAGCUGUCUUAGUUACAUGUUUCAUUGCUAAGACAAAAUACCCAACACCCAAAGUUAAAGGAGGAAAGGUUUAC